AUGAGUACUUCAUUGCAUAAUCCGUCCAUUUUACUGAAACGAGUGCUCAGCUUGGCUGAUUUUUCACCUUUGGUGCUAGCCAUCGACAGUAUUGCACAGUCUUCCUGUAAACUGAUAGAGGAAGUAUAUUAUAACGCUAAAGAAAGUGGGGAUUUCACUAUUAUCUACAUAUCUUUUGAGACCGCCAAUGAACCGAGCUAUGCCGACAUUUUUAUUAGAGCAGAAGCCUUGUCUUUAGAGAAAUUGAGUCAGACAAUACAGUCGUAUCUUCCGCCUUCAAAUCGACCUACCAAGAGCAAAUUCUUGGUUGUUAUCGACUCUAUUAAUCACAUCUCAACCAACCAUAUAUCACAGUUUGUGGGAUCCAUUGCUUCGCUCCAUUCAACUCUCCUAGCGGUCUACCAUGCAGAUUUGCCCGAAUACCAGGAGAAGACUUUAGCCCAUUAUCCAUCCUCAAUAGAACUUCUGAAUUUCAUGGCUACGACGAUUCUUAAGGUACAGCAAGUGACAUCGAAGAACGCAACAGAGGAAGAGAUCGAGAACGAUCUCUCACGGUUUCUCAUUCCUCGUGGGUUGAACAACGAUAUCUUCAAAUUGACUUUAACGACACGCAGAAAGUCUGGUAGAUCACAGUCUUACAGCUUUCACAUUAACACAAAGACACAUUCCUAUGAGACCAUAAUCGCCUCUAGUCCGGCGGAUGGCGAAGGUAAUGAGAAUCCAGAGAUGUUACAGGGUUUAAGCACUUUCAACCUAUCUACGUCCGCUAAGCAAAAGAUGGCCAAGGAACAAGUUGAGCUACCCUUUCUGGAAGCCCAAUCCUUCAAUACCGGUGGUGCCAUUGUCUACCAGUUCGAGAAGGAUGACGAUUAUGACGAAGAAGAUCCUUUCGAAGAUCCUUUCUAG